CAACUGUAUCUAUAGUCACAUCUUCACUCUGUUGCAGCGUCUUCGCAACUAAUCUUCUAUUUACAGGUAUAAUUUCAUUGUGCCGAUUGACUCACCUCGUUUUCCUCCAUCUCUCCCCCUCACCCGUUUAUUUCUGAAGUCUUAGAAGAAAAUGAAGACGAUCACUCCUUGCUGCAGUAGAGCGAUGAGGCGAGAUAUCGGAAGCGUAUCGUGCCUGAGAAAAGUGUGCAGUAUUUUUGGAGUUCUUUUCGCAUUUGCCUCCACCUGUGCAUUGGCCAUGAACGAGAGCACCAGUUCUACUAGCAAGAUCGAAUGCUAUACGAGUUCGAGUUCGAAGAUUAGUAGUCGUGCCCCAUUUCUACGAGAAGGCGUGGUGAUUAGUACCCCAUUUCUACGAGAAGGCGUGGCGAUUCAAGACCACGACACCAGGUGCAGUGCGGCAUCCUCAUCGUCAUCCAGCAUCAUUUUACCGAGAAGCGACCGCAGCCGCAGUCGGACGACUCCUCCUACUCUCCACAUGAUCAGGAGCACGUCUCCACAUGAUCAGGAAACAAAAGAUGAAGGCGCAGAAGCAGAUGAUCAUGGAACAAAAGACCCUGGCGUUGACGAUAGAGCGAAAGAGGCUGGUGAUCCCGCCACAGCUGAACCGCGUCAUGAUAGUAAAACGACAGGCAGUGCAGCUCAUGAUCUGGCACAACUUCUUAAGGGUAGGUCAAAGGUGCUUUUCUUACCGCUUUUUAUGCCUCUCUCCCUUAGGAUGGGAAAGGCAUAACAAGCGGGGUAAGCGAGCACCAAAAACCUACCUCUAAACUUCAGCGUCAAAGUGGCAUUAGAACAUCAACUGUUCAAGAUGAAUGUUCCGCAUGUCAAGAUGGCGGCGCCGAUUCUGACGUGGACAGCGACAAUGCGACCACGUCGGUUUUUGGCCGUGCAUUGAGUCAAGACUUAGACGGUGUGGAAGGUAUUCAUCAUGUUGAGAAUAAAAUUGAAAAUCGAGGAGUCCAACCAGAGAUGGAUAUUGACAAUAUAGUUCAACAUGAACGACUAGAUGAAGAAGAAGAAAAAUGGGCCAUCGCUCUCGUAUCGAAUGACGACUAUGCGCUCGCUAGAGGAGAGGAAGUUCCAGCGCGUUAUCGCGACAACGAGGCGGUCGUUACCGCUGCGGUGUCGCGAAACGGUAUCCAGCUAACGUGCGCUUCUGACCGACUAAAGCAGAAUAAGGCUGUAGUCUUGGCCGCUGUAAGGUUAUGGUCAGGAGCUUUUAAUAUUCAUCCUUGUACAACUUGCUUGCUUAAUAUUCAUGCUUGUAUUUUUCUCUGUAUUCCCCAUCCUUCUCAGCGUUUUGGUUGUACUACCCUUUUGGUCGGUAUUAUUCUUAUGAAUUAGUACGAUGGUCAUCUAUAUACGUGCCGAAAUCAAUGAUGAAUAAAAGAUGUCUCUAAUAAGGAACAACGGAUACGCUCUUCUUUGCGCAAUGAGUGUCGAAGAGGCGGAAAGGGAACUUCACGAAGCGCAAGGCACAACACCACCUUCUUCAGAAGCGGUACCUCCCAACUACAGCUCUUCGUCGUCCUCUCCAACAUCCCUCUCAACAUCCUCUUCGUCGUCCUCAACUUCUGCCAGUUCAAAUCAGAGGUCGUGGAAGAAUAUGCGGGAUGAUUUCGACGUGGUAUUGGCAGCCGUGACACAGAAUGGCAUGACCUUUCGUUAUGCUUCACAGAGACUAAAGAAUGACCCUAGGAUCGUGACAGCAGCUGUCCUACAGCAACCCUAUGCUAUGCGUUACGCCUCUGUCGAAAUGAGGGCGAACCGCUCAGUGGCUUUUGCAGCCCUCGAUGGAGUGGACACCAAUUAAGGCUCAAAGUAGAAGCGAUUCGACAUCUCCAAUUUUUGUGUCUCUGUAAUUUUCUUCGUUUUCUUCUUAUAAUAUUACAGGAUUCAUUGGCUGAAGCAAUCGUAGAGACGAACAAAAAAUUUUGGAAGACCUGAUUCUGAACUCGCUUUGAGCUCCUCUUCUAAAAUCGUGAUCUUGCCCUGCUGUUGGAGAAUUUGAGUCCCGAGCUGCGAGACGACGAAGAACUCGUUCUAUUAAGUAGAGUUACCUCCGUUUCUCCAUUUUGAUCACCAAUUCUUCAUCCUCAACCUAGAAGAACCGUAUCAUAAGGGUCCGUAUCAUCAUCACUCCUGGAAGAACCGUACAAACACGAUGGUAAGAAAUCUCGUCCAUAUUGUUCUUGUAGUUGAGGAAUAUUACUCUGGUCUGUCUUUUUUCUAGUUAGGUCGGCUCCACCACAAAUAUUACCCUGAUUAUAUAAAUUUUUAAUUGUAUUUUUGCAGUAGGGAAGAUGAUUAACUACAACAAAUAGGGGGACUAUCUAGGGAAGUUUCUGAUAUUCGCAAUUUUUUUUUAGUUAAGUAGUCUAGUUUCUGGUAACAUGAUAGACCUUAUCCUUUUCUAGUUUCUUAAAUUAAGAUCCACCACUAAUAUCAGCAAUAGUUGAACGCAGUGGCCGACUCCUUUGGGCGGCGAGCCCAAGACUGCGAGGAAACGAGAGAGUAGCGCGUGCUGCCAUCCUGAACUAUCCUGAAGCAAUUGCCUUCGUCUCGAGGACCACUCCUAACUUUAAGGGAGGCUUUUAGCAGCGUUAUAGAUUUUAUUUUGUACUUGUUGUUUAGAGAAGAUUGAAUUUCAAUUUUUUUAGCUGCGUCUCUACUCGGGUCGCAAUGGAAUCAGGCACCUUAGGUUGUCUUGUAGUGCAUCUUGUUUGGGGCGAUGGUCUUCCAUCGAAAUCAAGUCUAUAAAAAGGCCUUCCAGACUUGGGAUGUAGGAUUGAUGCGCUCGUCUGCUGGUACCGCAGCUACAUCGCAUAUCCAAUGAUAUCCUUUGUGGACGACGCAAAGGAGUCUAAUAUCCACUUUUCAUUGAUAUCAUGGCAGCACAAUCACAAAAUAGACGUCACGUAGUACUACCUCUAAUAAUCACAGCGGCUUGGCGUGGCUUGCCGUGCAACAGGAUCUGCAAAGGCAAGGCGGACUAGCAUAUUCGCUGGAGCGCACAAUGUUGCCGGCCUACAUUAUGACCUCAUAUAGGAUAAGUAUCGGUGCCCUUACCUACUAGCAGCAACUACAUGAUGACCUCUCCUCUCAACUAUAAUUAUGAUAAGCAAAGUACUUUUGAACACUCACUCCAUGGUUAGAUUUUUUUUUUACCUUAGAAAGAAAAGAAUAACUAGGCAUACAAAAAAAAGAAGCACAACACAACACAAAAAGUGUUGCGAUCAAAUGACUCACGACAGCGGUACAGUUCUAAUCCGAACGCGGCAAGACGGCACAUGCAAGCGGAGCAUUUUGGAGGGGCCUGAAGCUAAAGAACGAAGCGGACGAAGUGUCAAUAAUCUUCAAUAAAGUUGGAGUGGACGAACUCUUGCUGACAGCAUCAUCUAUGGAGUCUCAUGUUUGAAAAAUAAUGUGCAGGAACUCAUGUUUGAAAAAUAACGGAAAAAGAGGUUCCAUGACAUGACAAUCUUGCUGGAAUGUUGACAUCAAUCCCGUACCUAAAUUCAAGUUGCUCCAGGUGCCGGGGAACCUCGAUGUGCAGGAUUCACAACCUAACGUAACCACAUGCAAGCGGAGCAUUUUGGAGGGGCCUGAAGCUAAAGAACGAAGCGGACGACCUAUCAAUAAACUUUCGAUCAAGUAGGUAGUUUAGAGCCACAAAUUAGGGAGUACUUGUAUCUUCAUGACUAUGACUUUUCGUCUUCGCACGGUCCGUCUAGUCGUAUCGUGCAUUCAUGUGUAGUAGUCAUGUGCAUUUUCUCGCCAUCAAAAAAUCUAAACCAGAGGAGCUAAAUCCGCCCACAUAGCAUUGACUGAAACUACAAGCGCGUUUUGUAAUUUUCUGCCAGUGCUCACCGUUUUGAGUGGUCACGGUUUUGUUGAGGUUUAGUGACAAUUAU